GGCUACAGUGCAGUGGUAUCAUCAGAGCUUGCAGCAACCUCAAAUUCCUGGGCUGAAGUCAUCCUUCUGCUUCAAUCUCCUCAGUAGCUGGGACUACAGACGCGCCCCACCACACCAGGCUAUACUUUAGUUCUAGAGAAUUACUCUAAAUUCAUCAUGAUUGAAGACAAUAAGGAGAACAAAGACCAUUCCUUAGAAAGGGGAAGAGCAACUCUCAUUUUCUCCUUAAGGAAUGAAGUUGGAGGACUUAUUAGAGCACUGAAAAUUUUCCAGGAGAAGCAUGUGAACCUGUUGCAUAUUGAGUCCCGAAAAUCAAAGAGAAGAAACUCUGAAUUUGAGAUUUUUAUUGACUGUGACAUCAAUAGAGAACAAUUGAAUGAUAUUUUUCAUCUGUUAAAGUCUCAUACUAAUGUUCUUUCUGUGAAUCCACCAGAUAAUUUUACUGUAAAGGAAGAUGGUAUGGAAACUGUUCCUUGGUUCCCAAAGAAGAUUUCUGACUUGGAUCAUUGUGCCAACAGAGUUCUGAUGUAUGGAUCUGAGCUAGAUGCAGACCAUCCUGGUUUCAAAGACAAUGUCUACCGUAAAAGACGGAAGUAUUUUGCAGACGUGGCUAUGAACUAUAAACACGGAGACCCUAUUCCUAAGAUUGAAUUCACCGAAGAGGAGAUUAAGACCUGGGGAACCGUGUUCCGAGAGCUCAACAAACUCUACCCAACCCAUGCUUGCAGAGAGUAUCUCAAAAACUUACCUUUACUUUCUAAAUAUUGUGGCUAUCAGGAAGACAAUAUCCCACAACUGGAAGAUGUCUCAAACUUUUUAAGAGAGCGUACUGGUUUUUCCAUCCGUCCUGUGGCUGGUUACUUAUCACCAAGAGAUUUUUUAUCAGGGUUAGCCUUUCGAGUCUUCCACUGCACUCAGUAUGUGAGACACAGUUCAGAUCCCCUGUAUACCCCAGAGCCAGAUACCUGCCAUGAACUCCUAGGUCACGUCCCCCUUUUGGCUGAACCUAGUUUUGCCCAAUUCUCCCAAGAAAUUGGCUUGGCUUCCCUUGGAGCUUCAGAAGAGGCUGUUCAAAAACUGGCAACGUGCUAUUUUUUCACUGUGGAGUUUGGGCUAUGUAAACAAGAUGGGCAGCUAAGAGUCUUCGGUGCUGGCUUACUUUCUUCCAUCAGUGAACUCAAACAUGCACUUUCUGGACAUGCCAAAGUAAAGCCCUUUGAUCCCAAGAUUACCUGCAAACAGGAAUGUCUCAUCACAACUUUUCAGGAUGUCUACUUUGUAUCUGAAAGUUUUGAAGAUGCAAAGGAAAAAAUGAGAGAAUUUACCAAAACAAUUAAGCGUCCAUUUGGAGUGAAAUAUAAUCCAUAUACUCGGAGUAUUCAGAUCCUAAAAGACACCAAGAGCAUAACCAGCGCCAUGGAUGAACUGCGGCACGAUCUCGAUGUCAUCAGUGAUGCUCUGGCUAAGGCCAGCAGGCAGCUGAGUAUCUGACAGUCAUCAGUUCCAAUCCAGAAAGAUCUGAGCAUCAAUUUAGAGGCGUCUGGGCCAACUCUCACUUUUCUUGAAAACCUGAUUGUGGAGAGACAGCAGCUUUUGGACAAACAACAUUCUCUAGUCCAUUCUUUCAUGAAUCAGUAGUCUUUGAAAAGUUAUACUCUACUCAUCACCCAUUUUUUUCA